CCCCGCCGCCGCUCUCCCUCGCCCGGCCGGCUCGCACGCAGCGCACACCCGAAGCAGGCAGCGGUAUGGGUUGGAACAAUGCUUGGGCCCUGGAGAUUUCAGACUCAGAGUUAAAAUGUAUGCAUGCUGCUCUACAGUAACUUUGGAACAGGACUCCAACAAAAAAAUGCAUAUCUGGAUGCUGCAGACGAUAGCGGUUGCUUUAACAUCGCUAGUCCUGUCGUGGGCAGAAAGCAUCGAGUAUUAUGGGGAAAUCUGCGAUAAGGCGUGUCCUUGCGAGGAAAAGGACAGCAUCUUAACGGUGAGCUGUGAAAACAGAGGGAUCAUCAGCCUUUUCGAGAUCAGCCCACCAAGAUUCCCUGUCUAUCACCUCUUGUUAUCUGGGAACCUUUUGAAUAGACUCUACCCAAACCAGUUUGUUAAUUACACUGGGGCUUCGAUUUUGCAUCUAGGGAGCAAUGACAUACAAGACAUCGAAACGGGGGCCUUUCAUGGCCUGCGGGGCUUAAGGAGGCUGCACCUGAACAAUAACAAGCUGGAACUAUUAAGGGAUGACACUUUCCUUGGUCUGGAGAGUUUGGAGUAUCUACAAGUCGAUUAUAAUUACAUCAGCACUAUUGAACCCAAUGCUUUCAGCAAACUGCAUUUGCUGCAGGUGCUGAUCCUCAAUGAUAACCUCCUCUCCAGUUUGCCCAACAACCUUUUCCGUUUUGUGCCCUUAACUCACCUGGACUUGAGGGGUAACCGGCUGAAGCUGCUGCCCUACCUGGGCCUUUUGCAGCACAUGGAUAAAGUGGUGGAGCUGCAGUUGGAGGAGAACCCAUGGAAUUGCUCUUGCGAGUUGAUCGCUCUGAAAGAUUGGCUAGACAGUAUCUCCUACUCGGCUCUGGUGGGGGAUGUGGUUUGUGAAACCCCUUUCCGCUUGCACGGCCGAGACUUGGAUGAAGUCUCCAAGCAGGAGCUUUGCCCUAGGAGACUCAUCUCGGAUUAUGAAAUGCGACCGCAGACACCUUUGAGCACCACAGGAUAUUUCCACACUACCCCGGCCUCGGUCAACUCCGUGGCCACUUCUUCCUCGGCUGUUUACAAAUCCCCCUUGAAGCCCCCUAAAGGGACCCGUCAACCAAACAAGACCAGGGUGCGUCCCACCUCCCGCCUGCCCUCCAAAGACCUGGGAUACAGCAAUUACGGCCCCAGCAUAGCCUACCAGACCAAAUCCCCGGUGCCUUUGGAGUGUCCCACCGCCUGCACUUGCAACCUGCAGAUCUCCGACCUGGGCCUCAAUGUCAAUUGCCAGGAGAGGAAGAUCGAAAGUAUCUCCGAACUACAGCCCAAACCCUACAACCCCAAGAAGAUGUAUCUGACCGAGAACUACAUCGCCCUGGUCCGCAGGGUGGAUUUCCUCGACGCCACCGGGCUGGAUUUGUUGCACCUGGGCAACAACCGGAUCUCGGUCAUUCAGGACCGGGCCUUUGGGGAUCUAACUAAUUUGAGAAGACUCUAUCUGAACGGGAACCGGAUCGAGCGGCUGAGCCCGGAGCUGUUCUACGGGCUGCAGAGCCUGCAGUACCUCUUCCUGCAGUACAACAUCAUCCGGGACAUCGAGGCGGGAACCUUUGAGUCAGUCCCAAACCUCCAGCUCUUGUUUUUGAACAACAACCUGCUGAGAACUUUGCCCGCCAGCAUUUUUUCCGGCCUGACUCUCUACAGGCUGAGCCUGAGGAGCAACCACUUCUCCUACCUGCCUGUGAGCGGGGUGCUGGACCAGCUGAAAUCCCUGCUACAGAUCGACCUGCACGAGAACCCCUGGGAUUGCACUUGCGAUGUGGUGGGCAUGAAGCUGUGGCUGGAGCAGCUCAACACCGGGGUGCUGGUGGACCAGGUCAUCUGUGAGUCCCCCAAGAAGUUCGCCCAGAGCGACAUGCGGACCAUCAGGUCGGAGCUGCUGUGCCCGGACUACUCCGACAUCAUCGUCUCCACCCCUACCCCCUCCUCCAUCCAGCUGCCGGGCGGGACCACCCUUUUCUCCUCCACCGUGCGGCUCAACAGCACGGGCGUGGCGGGGGGCGCGGCGCCCUCGGGCGGCGGGGGCGGACCCCCCUCGUCGUCGGUGCCGCUAUCGGUGCUGAUCCUGAGCCUGCUGCUGGUGUUCAUCAUGUCGGUGUUCGUGGCGGCGGGGCUCUUCGUGCUGGUGAUGAAGCGCCGGAAGAAGGGCCAGGGCGACCCGGCCAGCGCCAACAACUCCGACGUGAGCUCCUUCAACAUGCAGUACAGCGUCUACGGCAGCGACCACCACCACCACCCGGCGCCGCAGCCGCCCCGCCACCCCCGCGGCGGCGGCCAGGCCCUGCCCAAAGUGAAGACCCCCGCUGGCCACGUGUACGAGUACAUCCCGCACCCGCUGGGCCACAUGUGCAAGAACCCCAUCUACCGCUCCCGGGAGGGCAACGCGGGCGAGGAUUACAAAGACCUGCACGAGCUCAAGGUCACCUACAGCAACCAUCACUUGCAGCAAGGGCCGCCGCCCCCGCCGCCCCCGCCGCCCCCGGGGGAGGACGAGCCCCUGCGGAGCCCCACUUACAGCGUCAGCACCAUCCAGCCCCGGGAUGAGCUGCUGUCCCCGGUGCAAGACGCCGAUCGCUUUUACCGGGGCAUUUUGGAGCCCGACAAACACUCCUCCUCCUCGCUGGGCACCCCCGGCAAUAAUAUCCCCGAUUACCCCAAGUUCCCCGCCGCCUACACCUACACCCCCAACUAUGACCUUAUGCGGCCCCAUCAGUACUUGCACCCCGGGGCGGGGGACAGCAGGCUCCGGGAGACGGUGCUCUACAGCCCCCCGAGUACUGUCUAUGUAGAGCCCAACAGGAACGAGUAUCUGGAGUUAAAAGCAAAACUAAACGCAGAGCCGGACUACCUCGAAGUGCUGGAAAAACAGACCACAUUCAGCCAGUUCUGAGAAAUCCCUCCCUCCCCCCAACAACCACAGCGACUCCUCCUCCUUCUCUAGAAUAUUUGUAUUUAACAACCACACACAAAAGAAAGAAACACAAAUGCUGAAUCCCCUCCCUCCCCCCUUUAACUCAUUUUGUUGUAGGGUGAAGUGCCUUGGCACAGGAUUUUCAGCUUCGGGGAAUGAUACUGAAAGGGUGUGCUGUUUCAUUUUUAUUUUUACAAGUCGGAAACAAUCUAUGGUGUAAACUGGGCACAACACUUGCUCUUGUGUGUUUGUGUGUUUGUGUUGGGGAGGGGGGAAAGAGGGUUUACUUAGGUUGGAUUGUGCAGGUUACAAGUACAAAAGUCAUAGUCACUUUCAUUUUGUUGGACAGGCAUUGCUUAAUUUUACUUAGUCUUUGGUUGAAGAGUGCAGCGCACGUUUUCCCCUUUUAGCUCUGGGUGAGUCUAAAUGGCUUUUAAGGAGAGAUUUGCACACCCGAUUUAUUACAAAGUUUCCUUUUUUAAAGGAUGUGUUUGUAUGCUUUCUGGACUUUUGAAUUAAAAAUAUAUAUAUAUUAUGAUCUUUAAAAAAGAUCAGCAGAGAUGUGGACAAAUCAUUAAAGAGGGCAGAGAUAUAUGAUCCAUAACUGGUUAGUGAAAAUAACUUAUUGAUGAACUAUAAAAUAUUUUAUUGUAGCACCUAUUUUUAUAUGUACAUUAGCAUUUCUCUUUCCUUCACUAUUUUAGGGCCCAGUCUUGCAAAUACUUACAUAUCCACGUAAUUCUAUUCAUGAAAGUAGUAUUAGCAUAGGCACCCAGCCUGCAAACACUUAGGCAAAUAAACAACUUUGCUCAGGUGUGUAGUCCCAUAGAUUUCAGUGAGUAAGUAAAGUUAGCCACAUGCCCAAAAGUUUGGAGGACUGGGGCCAUAGUCAGUACAACUGUUCUCAUAAGUAAAGUUACAUGGAUGUGUAAUUGUUUUUCAGGAUGGGGCCCAGAGUCUGUGAAUUGCUCAGAAGUGUUGCACUACAUGCAGAGCUUUAUUUCCAAAGCUGAAGUGGUAUCAGGAGGACAUUUUAAAUUACUAAAAUGAACAGUAAUUAUGACCAAAUCUUAAAAGACAAUCCAAGACAAGCAAUCUGGUCAGGAUAAAAUAAUAUUGUAUUAGGAGCCUCCUGCUAGGGCAACUAGUUGGACAUGUAGAAAUUGUUGAUUUUAGCAGGAAAAUUAUUUCUUUUCAUUACUCAACCAAAAUAUAAUGAUUUGACUACUGUUGUAGCCAAUUUCUGAUUGUUUAGUCAAAUGCAAUUGCACUUGUACAGAUCCAUGUGUAUACUGGCACUUUGAAAGACCAAAUGAUGGACUGUACACAUCUCUAAUAUAAUGUCUUUACCCCUUUGGGCAUCAGGCAAUUGAAAGGAUAUCCAUAAAUUCAGCAUCACUGUAAGGUGGGACAACUGGUGUCUCAUAUGUAUCCCAGCACAUGUAAUUUUUUAAAAAUAAUUUCUGAAUAAACACUUGAUAACUAUUUCAAAUGUAAUGACAUCAAGUAAUGAUUACAUGAAGUUCACAAUAUCUUGCCAAAAUCAAACUUUGCUAUGUGAUUCUGCCUUUACUCGCAAUGAAGUCUGA